GCCCCCGCCGCCAUGGCCGCCCGCAGGGCGCUGCACUUCGUCUUCAAAGUGGGGGACAGGGCCCGCACGGCGCGGUUCUACCGCGAGCUGCUGGGCAUGAAGGUGCUGCGGCACGAGGAGUUCGAGGAGGGCUGCAAAGCCAGCUGCAACGGCCCUUAUGAUGGAAAAUGGAGUAAGACCAUGGUGGGCUAUGGACCAGAGGACAAUCACUUUGUGGCAGAGCUGACUUACAAUUAUGGCAUUGGAGAAUAUCGCCUGGGCAAUGACUUCCUGGGCAUCACUCUGGUGUCCAGCCAGGCUGUGAGUAAUGCCAAGAAGAUGGGGUGGCCCCUCAAAGAAGUCACCUCUGGUGUCUUUGAAACUGAAGCCCCAGGAGGAUACAAGUUCUACCUGGAAGAAAAGGAACAGCUCAAGCAAGAUCCGGUGUGGAAGGUCACCCUGGGUGUCUCAGACCUGCAGAAGUCUGUGAGCUACUGGUCUGGUUUGCUUGGGAUGAAGAUAUAUGAGAAGGAUGAGGAGAAACAAAGAGCUUUGCUGGGCUAUGCUGAUAACCAGUGCAAGCUGGAGCUGAAGGCUGUUGGAGGGGCAGUGGAUCACGGGACAGCGUUUGGACGCAUCGCCUUCUCCUGUGCCAAGGAAGAGCUGCCGAACAUUGAAGCCCUGAUGAAAAAGGAGAAUCAGAAAAUUUUGAUGCCUCUGGUCAGCUUGGACACGCCUGGCAAAGCCACGGUGCAAGUGGUUAUUCUGGCUGAUCCUGACGGCCAUGAAAUCUGUUUUGUGGGAGAUGAAGCAUUCAGAGAGCUGUCCAAGGUGGACCCUAAUGGUGACAAGCUGUUGGAUGAUGCCAUGGCUUCAGACAACAGUGACAAGUGGUUUGCUGAGCACAACAUGAAGAAGGUUUCAGCUUAGCUGGAGGGAGUGGACUGGGCUGCUCCUCUGUACUUUGGAGUUCUCCCAAGAAAAUGCCAAUCCUGGUUAAAGUGCUGCCUUCCCAAUCAGAAGGUGCUGGGAUGUCUUCUGUGAUGGUUUGUUUGGGUUGAUUUAAGCUGAUGUCUCUGGCCUGCUGCUCUCUCCCUUCCAGCAAAUCACAUCUCCUCCCAAAAAAUGGGGCUGGGCAGCAAAGGAGCAGCUGAGCCCUUGGCUUCAAAAUCAGGGAUCAUCAGUCAGGAAAACCUAACAUUUCUGUGGUGUUGUUAUGCUUGAAAGAAAGGUGAAUAGAUACGUUAUUUUCUGAUUAACUAAUUUUCUGAUUAAAUUAGCUUUUGCUGUCCUUUAUUUGCAGGCUGGAGAGGAGAUUUUGAGGUGGCUGCUCCCCCUCUCCAGUGGGGUAUGGGGAACUGGAGCAGGGAGUGCAUCCCUUUGUUGGGAACAAAGAAAUGAUCUUUCCAAACUGUGUGAAUACUCCAGUUUUCCCCAACUUUCGAGGUGAAAUGUUCACUGGAGAAGCCCAUGGUGUGUUUCUCACUGGGAUCCUGGUGCUGAUGGGGUGGUUUCCACCUCUUCUCAAGGAGAGUUCCACAUUCCAGGAAGGAGCUGAGGCUGUGCUUUGGGGUUUGUAGCUGCUUUAUCUGCUGAGGUGCCGGAGGGCAGCUUGAAAUAAGUUUUCCAAUUAGCUUUUGAUGAGACACUGGCUUUGGAAAGAACAGCUCAGGGUUUAUUCCAUUGGAAUGAACUCACUCUGCUGGUGGAAUAAAAGCUGGGAAUACAGGGAGUCAUUCCUGGCAUUGUUUGUGCCAGGUAUGCUACCUGACUUGUCAUUUUCUUGACGAAAACCUUAAAUAAAAUACCUUAAAUCAGGUUUUAAUGAUGAAGCUGAGAUGAAUUUCAUGGAGAAGAUCAAGCAGUGUUGGCACUGGUGAGCUGAAACAGGAAAAACUCCUCGCUGCGAUUUUGUCCGAGCUUUUCUAUUCCGUU